AUGGAUAACAAUGGAAGAGGAAGAGGGAGAGCCAGAGGUGGAGGAAAGAACCCUGGAAGUGGAGGUGGAGGGAGAGGGAGAGAGCAAAACCGACCAGUUUCCGGCCAGGAUCGGAGUUUCAGGCAAGGACCCACUUCGUAUCAGGGUAAAUCCAGCGAACCCAGAAGUCCUAUUUCAGGUCAUGAUCGAGGUUUGAAGGAAGGACCCAGUUCAAGUCAGGGUCAGUUUGUAGAACCCACUAGGCCAGCUUCGGCUUGGGUGAGUUCGGCAUGGGGCAGUGGUAAAGGCGCGUGGAAGACCAGUUAUCUUCCUGGUGUCUCCAAGAGUCCUGGUUCUGCUUCUUGCUCUGGUUUUAUGGAUGGGAGACAUGAGUCCAGUGAAUCUUCACGUACUGUGAACGUACGUGAACGACUCACAACUGUUCAGAUGGAAUAUUCUAAACGGCCUCACGGGAGACAUCAUGAUCCACCACUUUCGGAGCUAAGAUCUUUAGAGCUUUCAUGUCCAUUGCCCUCAUCAUCUCCUCCUGAAUCAAAGAAUAUUAUCCCCGUUAGACGGCCUGAUAAUGGUGGAACAUCUUGUGUCCGAAAGGGAAUGGUUCGCCUUCUUGUUAAUCAUUUCCCCAUCAAGUUCAAUCCCCACAUGGUGAUGCAUCAAUACAACAUUGAUGUUGAGCCAGAGAUGCAAUCCAAGCAUGGUGGUCCUUCUCAAGUUUCAAAUUCAGAAAUUCGUUUGAUGAAGAAUAAAAUGUUCUCUGAUGACACACAAUUUCCUCCAUCUAUGAUUGCUUAUGAUGGGGGGAAGAUCAUUGUAAGUGCAGUGGAACUACCCACUGUGAAAUCUAAGGUGGAUCUGCCAAAGGGUAGGGCUGUUAAAUCAUAUAUGUUCAGUACAGAGUUAGUGAAGAAGCUAGAGCUUGGAAAGUUGAUGGCCUACUUAAAUGGAACACUCCCAGUUAUCCCCCGUGAAAUCUUACAGGGGAUGGAUCUUGUCAUGAAAGAGAAACCAAAGAAGCAUUGUAUUCAAAUUGGUCAGAGCUUCUACUUCAUGAAUUGGGAUGAUGAUCUUGGUUGUGGUGUUAUAGCUUGCAGGGGCUUUCAGCUGAGUUUGAAGCUCACUUCCCAGGGGCCAGCUCUAUGUGUUGAUUACUCUGUUCUACCUUUUCGGAAGCCAGUCCCAGUUCUAGACUACCUCUUCGAGCGCGUUGCUGGGUUUCAUACUGAUGGUAUUGAUAACCAGUUGAGAAAUUAUGUUGAAAAUGAAUUGAAAGGGUCAUUAGUGACAGUGAAUUACAGGGAAACAAAGCAAAGGUUUACAAUCAAAGGAUUAACAGUUCCCACAGCGAACGAUCUGUCUUUCACACUCGAGGACCGAGAUGGAAUUAAUCCACCUCAGGAGAUUACAGUAGUGGAUUAUUUUAAAAGGACAUACAACAAGGAGAUUGAAUUCAAAAAUCUACCUUGCUUGGAUUUGGGAAAGAGUGGUAAUGUACCUAUGGAGUUCUGCAAGUUGAUAGAGGGGCAGAUAUAUCCAAAGGAUCAACUGGACGACGAUUCAGCAGCAAAAUUGAGGGCCAUGUCCUUGCCAAAGCCUUGGGAUAGAAAGAAUUUUAUACAUGAGAUGGUUGAAGCAAGAGAUGGACCUCUUGGAGGGGAAACAGUUCAAAACUUUGAAAUUGAAGCCAGCACAAAGAUGACACCGGUGACUGGCCGCGUGAUCAGAGCACCUGAUUUGAAACUUGGUGAUAGCGAUGGUAAGGCUUGUAAAUUCACUCAUACUAGGGAGGACUGCCAGUGGAACCUUGUUGGCAGAACUGUCUUGGAAGGGAAGGAUAUUGAGAGGUGGGCAGUCCUUGAUUUUACUUCGUAUGAUCGAAGAAGGUCUUUGAACUAUGAUAAGUUUGUACAACAGUUAACGAUUCGAUGCAGUAAACUUGGGAUAUGCAUGAAGGCUCCUCUCUUCCAUGCACUAUCUGAUAUGAGUGUGCUCUCUGAUACUGGAAGGCUUCGUAAGCUCCUCAAUCGUGUGUAUGAGAAGGCAAAGCGCAGGUUGCAGAUUCUUGUUUGUCCAAUAAUAGGCAAACAUUCGGGUGAUAAAGCUGCUCUCAAGUGGAUUUGUGAAACACAGAUUGGCAUUGUGACACAAUUGUGUUUGAGCAACCGAUGCAACAUGGGUGAAGAACAUUACAUGACAAACCUUGCUCUUCAGAUCAAUACAAAGCUUGGAGGCAGCAACUUUGAGCUCUUUGACCGUCUUCCACGCCUUGAAAGCGAUGAUCAUGUGAUGUUUAUCGGGGCUGAUGUUAAUCAUUCAAGAGCAGGAAAUACAUCAAGCCCGUCUGCUGCUGCUGUUGUUGCCACUGUAAAUUGGCCUGCUGCAAACAAAUAUAUAGGACGGUAUCGUCUUCAAAAGCAUCGAACUGAGAAAAUCCUUGAUUUUGGGGAGAUGUGUUUGGAGCUUAUCAACAAAUAUGCUGAACUCAACAAAGUCAAGCCAAAGAAAAUCAUAGUGUUCCGUGAUGGGGUCAGCGACAGCCAGUUUGAUAUGGUUUUGAAUGAAGAAUUGAUGGAUAUCAAAAAGGCAAUUCAGUGUGAUGGGUAUUCCCCAACUAUCACACUUGUGAUUGCACAGAAGCGGCAUUCAACUCGACUCUUUCCCAUGGACAAGAAGCAAGGAGCUUAUAAUGGUAAUGUUUUUCCAGGGACUGUUGUGGAUACAACCAUUGUGCAUCCUUGGAAAUUCGACUUCUACCUUUGUAGUCACUAUGGGAUGUUGGGAACAAGCAAGCCGACUCACUAUUAUUGCCUUUGGGAUGAUCACAAAUUUAGUUCAGAUGAGUUACAGCAGAUAACAUACAAUCUAUGCUACACCUAUGCUCGAUGUACGAAACCUGUUUCGUUAGUCCCACCUGCAUAUUAUGCCGACAAUUUGGCAUAUAGGGUGCAGCAGUACUAUGAGGCGUGGGAGGCUGAUGCUGCUGUUUCAUCAUCAUCAUCUUCAUAUUUAUCACAGCAAAUCGAUCCAAAUAUCUUCGAGCGGCAUAAUAAUCUUGAGAACGUCAUGUUCUUCUGCUAAAGGUUCAUCAAUGGAUGCAUUCCACCAGUCAGGUUCAAUCUCCUUAUCUAUUCAGGCAUGCAUAGUUGAGGAGUU